CCCGCCUCCCCCCUGCGCAAAACAAUGGAUGACACUUUAAACUCGCCUUUUGCCAACGACACUCCCGACUACACCAACUUCACCGACGAGUGGACAGCGGACGGGAGGGAAACCGUCCAUUUCAUCAUCCGCUGCGUGAUCCCGUCCGUCUACAUACUCAUCAUAACAGUGGGCUUGCUGGGCAACAUCACCCUCGUGAAGAUCUUCAUCACCACCAGCGCCAUGCGCAGCGUGCCCAACAUCUUCAUCUCCAGCCUGGCCGUUGGAGACCUCCUGCUCUUGGUCACUUGCGUGCCGGUGGACGCGUUCAGGUAUUUCUUUGAGGAGUGGAUAUUCGGCACCGUCGCCUGCAAACUGAUCCCGGUCAUCCAGCUCACUUCAGUCGGGGUCUCCGUCUUCACCCUCACCGCUCUGAGCGCAGACAGGCACAAGGCCAUCGUGAACCCCAUGGACAUCCAGACCUCCAGUGCGGUGUUCUGGACCUGCCUGAAGGCCAUCUCCAUCUGGGUAGUGUCUGUGCUGCUGGCGGUGCCCGAAGCCAUCUUCUCCCAGGUGGUCCACAUGUCCGACCGGAACGUCACCUUCACGGCCUGCGUGCCCUACCCGCUCUCCAACGAGAUGCAUCCCAAGAUCCACUCCGUCAUGAUCUUCCUGGUCUAUUUCCUCAUCCCCUUGGGCAUCAUCUCGGUCUACUACUACCACAUCGCCAGAACGCUAAUCAAAAGUGCUCACGACAUGCCCGGUGAGGUCAGCGAGCACUCCAAACGCCAGAUGGAGACGAGAAAGAGGCUGGCGAAGAUCGUGCUGGUGUUCGUGGGCCUGUUCGCGCUGUGCUGGUUCCCCAACCAUGUGCUGUACAUGUACCGCUCUUUCAACUACCGGCAGAUCGACUCCUCACUCUUGCACCUCAUCAUCACGCUGUUGGCACGAGUUCUCAGCUUCUCCAGCUCCUGCGUCAACCCCUUCGCCCUCUACCUGCUGAGCGAGAGCUUCCGCCGACACUUCAACAGCCAGCUGACCUGCCGGAGGCGCCAGUACCAGGAACGGAGCUCCAGCUACCUCCAGAGCACCUCGGCCAUCCGCAUGACCUCCAUCAAGAAGAGCAACCCCACCUUGGCCAACGGACAAGGCCACAAACCUGGAGUUUACAUCUAG